AUGCAGCAGCCACCAGCACGUCGCUAUUCCAUGGACCGGUUCGCGAGCGAGCUCGACUUCACCGACACGAGGCCGGUGCUGUUCGACGUCGGGUGGGAGGUGGCCAAGAAGGUGGGCGGCAUCUACACCGUGCUCAAGUCCAAGUCGCCCAUCACGGUCGAGGAGUUCGGCGGCCGCUACGCGCUGGUCGGCCCCUACAACCAGGCCACCGCCGCCACCGAGAUGGAGGAGAUGGAGCCCGGCCCGCUCUUCGGCCCCGUCAUCGCCCGCCUCCGCGAGCGCUACGGCAUCAUCGUUCACUUUGGCAAGUGGCUCGUCGACGGUUAUCCCAAGGUGCUCCUGAUCGACGUGAACAGCUCGAUGCAUGAGCUGGACAAGUGGAGGGGCGAGCUCAUGGGCGGCUGGGACGUGCCCGGCGACUUCGAGUGCAACGACGGCAUCGUGUUCGGCUACCAGACGGCGCUGUUGAUCAGGGAGUUCACCCAGAUCUACCGCGACAUCCGUCUCAUCGCCCACUUCCACGAGUGGCAGGCCGCCGUGGGCCUCAUCGUCGCCCGCAUUUGGAACGUCAAGUUCGCCAGCAUCUUCACCACCCACGCCACCCUCCUCGGCAGGUUCUUGGCCUCUGGCGGCGUGGACCUGUACAAUCAGAUCGCGCAGAUCAACGUCGACUCCGAAGCCUCCCGCCGCGGCAUCUACCACCGCCACUGGAUCGAACAGCGCGCCGCCCAGGAAUGCCACGUAUUCACGACGGUGUCGGAGAUCACGGCCUACGAGGCCGAGCGGAUCCUGCGGCGGCGCGCGGACGUGAUCGUGCCCAACGGUCUCCAGGUGAAGAAGUUUACGGCGCUCCACGAGUUCCAGAACCUGCACGCCAAGUACAAGGAGGUGAUCCACGAGUUCGUGCUGGGCCACUUCUACGGCCACUACAACUUCGACCUCGACAACACGGUCUACUUCUUCACCUCGGGCCGCCACGAGUACUUCAACAAGGGCGUCGACAUGUUCAUCGACGCGCUGGCCGGCCUCAACUACCUCCUCAAGCAGCGAGGGUCCAACAUCACCGUCGUCGCCUUCAUCAUCAUGCCCGCCCCGACCAACAACUUCAACGUCGAGUCCCUCAAAGGCCAGUCGUUGAUCAGGGAUCUGAAGCGUACGACGACGCACGUGGUGGAGAAGCUGUCCGACCGCAUUUUCGAGGCCACGGCCCGCGGCCAGAUGCCCGACGUCAACGAUCUCCUCAAGGAGGAGGAAAUCGUGAUGUUGAAGAGGCGCAUCUACACGGUGAAGCAGCGUAACAUCUACCCGCCCAUCGUCACCCACAACAUGAUCAACGAGGGCAAGGACGAAAUCCUGAACCACCUGAGGCGCGUCAAGCUGUGGAACGACCCCGCCGACCGAGUCAAGGUGAUCUACCACCCGGAGUUCCUGUCGUCGACUUCGCCGCUCAUUCCGCUGGACUACCCCGACUUCGUGCGCGCCUGCCACCUCGGCAUCUUCCCCUCCUACUACGAGCCGUGGGGUUACACGCCCGCUGAGUGCACGGUGCUCGGUGUGCCCUCGAUCACCACCAACUUGUCCGGUUUCGGUAACUACGUGCAUACCAACAUCGAGGACCACGACUCCAAGGGUCUGUUCAUCGUCGACAGGCGCUUCAAGGCGCCCAAUGAGACGGUCGACCAGAUCAUCGACAUUCUCUGGAAGUUCUGCCAGCUCGACCGCAGGCACAGGAUUGAGCUGCGCAACCGCUGCGAGCAGAUGUCGCAGAUGCUGGACUGGAAGAACCUGGGCAAGGCCUACCAGGAGGCCCGCCACCUCGCCCUCGAGAGGGUCUACGGCCCCGUCGACCAGCCCGACAUCGGCGCCCUCAAAAUGUGCGCCCCCCCCCCUUCGUCACAAAUGUGCGGUGUGUGCGGUGUGUGCGGUGUGUGUCUGACUGAAAUGCAACGUUGCGUGGUGGUUGAUAUGUGUAGCAGCUCGUAA